AUGCUAGACUUCUUCAACCCCGGCUGGGAGGUCGAGAUCGGUAGCGCAAAGGGUCAACUCACCCACCGCAACGUGUUUCGUCGGAAGGUCGAUCCCAUUGUCAACGGUAUUACCGACAUGACCAAGUUCUCUCCGGUGACCGAGAUCAAGACGAAGACGCCGACAGUAACCAUGCUGUCUCAUGUCUGGUUUGCGAAAGACAUCAAGACAGCUUUACUCGCGGCGGACAUCAUCACGAACGAGUGGGGCUUCAAGGACUACAAGCUCGAUAUCUACGGAGCUCUUAACAAAUCGCCCGUCUACUCCUCUGAAUGUCAAGAGAUCUUGGCUUGUAAAGGUCUUGGUCAGAACGUAGCGAUGCGCGGCACUGCAGAUCCAGCGAUGGUUCUCGCAAGUACUUGGUUGUUCCUCAAUUCCUCCGUUUCGGAAGGACUGCCGCUUGCGCUCGGAGAAGCGGCGCUUACUGGAGCACCAGUUGUGUGCACUGAUGUCGGCGCGUCGCUGCGCGUGCUCACUGAUCCCGACGACGGCAAACGCUACAGCGAAGUUGUGGCCCCCAACGACGCAUACGGACUGGCACGAGCGCAGAUCAACUUACUCGCUAUGCUGGAUGAGUGGGCUCAAUAUGCCGACGACGGCCCUGGGAUAGCGGCGCCAAUCUUGCCUCACAAACCCACACCAAAAGACGUGGAGACCAUCACGCGUCGGAUGUACGAGAAGUCUGAACAUCGACGAAAGCUGGGGAUGAUGGCUCGUAACAUUGUCCAGAAGUCUUUCGGUGGCGAGCGCUACCUUCGCGAGCAUGAGCAGAUGCUCUGGAUUGGAAAAGCCUGCUACGAGAUGCUGGAUCUGGAGAAACGGACACCACCUCCACGGAAUCCAGCGCGCAUGUUGUCGCUCCGUCGUAGCUUGCCCCGACUGCAUCAACGCGAUACUGCAUCGAGUCACAUGUUCGAUGCGCAGAUGGAGAAGAUGAUGCACCCGCGCCCGUACGCGCCGAGACGAACAUCAGCAACAACAUCGUUCUCGUCAGUAUACAUUGACGAACCAUCGGGUUCCUCAUCGACAUACUCUGACCCCAUCUGGGAGCACGAAGAGUGGGACUUACAUCACGAAUCGCCCGAAUCGUCGGUCAAGUACGAGACCUCCGACACUGAUGACUGGCCGAUACCAGCCGUAACGCGUCCUAUGAGUUCUUAUUCUGGCGUCAAUGCGAACGCUAUAUCAUCUGCUGCUAAAGGAAAACGACCCGCCCGUUAUUCGUAUUACGGACAUGAAAGCAAUCGGGUCUUCAAGCCGGCAUCGCCGAACGCGAAGAUGGAUCCGAAGAGAGCGGUGCUUAUGCGUCAAAGUCUGGCCACGACAGAGAGUGCGCGGAGUAGUAUGCGAACGAGGAGUCACUUGAAUGAAGUAGAGCUUGCUGAGUAUGGGAAUGUUGAUGGGCGGCUAUGA